AUUUAAGCACUCAUUAUCAUGUAGGACACCACGAACACCGUGAACCAAUUGCAUAUACCCAAAUGCAAGGAUAGACCAACAAAUAUGAAAUUCAUGGAGCCAGAAGAAGAGGAUGAUGAGCUUGAGUAUUAUGUGACAUUUCCUGCUGCUGUGUCACCUGAGUUUCAUGAAGAUGGCUAUUCGGAGCCUGAAAAGGAGCCAGUUGUAUUCCUGUUUGGCUGGGCAGGUUGCAAUGACAGGCAUCUGUCCAAGUAUGCAGAAAUGUACAAGGAUUUGGGAUGUGCCACCAUCCGCUACAUCAGCCCAGUCAACUACAUCUUCUUCACACCGCGCGAGCUGCUGGGCGUGGCUGACCAGCUGAUCGACCUGGUGACGGACCUGACACUGGAGGUGCACCCGGUGCUGUUCCACUGCUUCAGCAAUGGCGGCGCACUGGUGUACCGCUGCCUGACGCGGCGUCUGCGUGAGCGCCGGCUGCCACUGGACGUGCGCGGCGCCGUGUUCGACAGCGGCCCGCUGCGACCGCGGUUGGCCAGCGGCUGGCGAGCCCUCCAGCUCUGCUCCGCAGGCCAGCAGCGCUGGUACCGCUGGCUGCUGGGCGUGCUGUUCAUCCUGCUGAUUGUCUGCCGCUUCGUCUGGGAACGGACGCUGGGCUCGCGCGAGGACUCACUGCACCCCUGGAGUCUGACGGAGAGUCCCGAGCGCUGGCCGCAGAUGUUCCUCUACUCCAGCGCCGAUACGAUCACUCCGGCCAAGGACGUGGAGCAGUUCAUGGCGGCGCGCCGUGCCCGCGGCGUCGACGUUACAGGCCACGUGUUCGCCGACUCGGCGCACCCUGACUCGCGGAGAACCUCCGAACAUCACCGCAUCCCCCAGACGUCGACUAGGCCGCAGGCCGGCACAGGGCCGCAGUGA